CGCCCCGCUCCCUUUCCGGCGGCAGCAUGGCGGCCGGCGUGGAGCUGGGUUUCGCCGCGGCGGCGGGGCCGGGCGAGGCCUGGCGGCUGCGCAGCCCCUACUUCCCCAGCAAGGUCGGCGGGCGGCCGGCGUGGCUGGGGGAGGCCGGGCUGCCGGGUCCCGCCGCCCUGCGCUGCGGCCGCUGCCAGCAGCCCUGCGCCUUCCUGCUCCAGCUGUACGCGCCGCUGCCCGGCCGCCCCGACGCCUUCCACCGCACCCUCUUCGUCUUCGCCUGCCGCCGCGCCGCCUGCUACCGUCUACCGGGCCCGCGGGGGCCGCUCUGCGUGUUCCGGAACCAGCUGCCGCGGCGGAACGGCACCUACCCCGAGGAGCCGCCCCCCGAGGAGCCGCCGCCGGGCGCUGCCGCCGCGCCCCCCUGCCGGCUGGGCGGCGGCGCCGCUCUCUGCCGCGUCUGCGGCUGCCUGGGGCCCCGCGCCUGCGGGCGCUGCCGCCGCGCCGCCUACUGCGGCCCCGAGCACCAGGCGCUGGACUGGCGGUGGGGACACCGGCGGACCUGCGGGCAGCACGCCGGCGGAGAUAACUCAGUGGAUGCAAUUCCGGAGCAUAAUGAGUUCCUUUUUCCAGAAUAUGAAAUUUUGAUAGAACCUGAGGAACCAGAAUUUCCUGCUGACAGCAGUGUAGAUCCCAGUGAUGAACAAGGAGCUGUAGAUACAUCAAAGGACCCGAAAGAACCGGAGGAACUCGGAGCUAUGGGCAGUGCAGGUGAAGCAUUUCAGUCCUUGGAUGAAGAGACAUUGGAAGCAAUGGCAAAACAUGAGACCAAAGAAGACAAGAUCUUCCAGAUGUUUAAAGAGCGAAUAGCUGCUGAACCAGAGCAGAUUAUUAGAUACUGCAGAGGAGGAGAAGGCCCAAUCUGGGUAUCAGGUGAAAAUAUUCCUGAAGAAAAGGAUAUCCCAAAUUGCUCAUGUGGUGCCAAAAGGAUUUUUGAAUUCCAGAUUAUGCCACAGCUCCUGAACCACCUUCAGGUUGACAGCCUUGGAGAGAGCAUUGACUGGGGAACGCUGGUGGCGUACACUUGUGCGGACAACUGCGGUGAGGGGAGUGAAUACCGGGAAGAGUUCAUAUGGAAACAAGACUUCUCUGCAGGCUCUAUUGAACUUCCAUCAAGUUACUACGCGGAGUCAUCUAAAUAGAACACCUGCCUUGUUUCAGUGCAUCUCUGCACCUUGCAAACAGGUAACUGAAGUCACCGAUACCUGUGUGCCUUCUAACAGUGAUAGAACUACUGGAAGUGCUCCACAGGGGCUUUUACUUCAACCUGGUAAUGAAGCCAGAUGCAUUUGCUCAGUGAAUUUCAUUCUAGAUAUUUAAAUAAAGAUGAAAUAUUUUUUUCGA